AUGAUGGAUCUCGAACACAUGGCCAACAUCUGGUCAGAUGAUCUUAAAGGCCCCAUGGAGCCCCACAGAGCCGCUGCUGCGGAAACUUUGCGCCAGAUCCUGGAGAUGGAAAAUAUUUCCAAAAGGGACCAGGCGCAGCUGGUAGUUGGAAGUGUUGCAAGCUGCAUUUUGCUGGCCAACCAUGUGCACGUCGAAGGUGUUGUGGACCGGGUUGAAAGGCACGACCUAAAGAGCAUGGCGUGCAAUGUCAAGUACAUUCAGUUUGAGAAAAAGGGCAUUGAAGCGCUUGCCGACCUGCUUGCGCAGCCUGGGCCGCUGUGCGCGCACGCUGUUUUUGACCAGGCUGUGCAGUGCCUGGACAGCGAGCUCAAGACUAGGUGCCGGCUGUUCAUGGACGUGGCCAAUUUCAGGGGCUGGAUAGCCAACCCCAAGUUCGACUAUGUCCGGGUUCUUGAGUACUACCUGGGGUGCGGAGAGUACGUGCACAGCAUAAAGCCCAAGCUGCAGUAUUUUUCCUGGCUUUUGCUCAAAAAAGCGGAAAGCGCCCCAACAGAGGCUCUGAACCACCUGCAGGCGUACUCGAGGGAGGACACGGUGCAGUUUGUGGAAAACUCAAACCUUCACCGGGAUUUUCUUCUGUGUGCCAGCGUGAUUAACGAUCCAGCGGUUUCUACAGAUCGCCCGGAGUUUCUAGGCGUGUUUGCGUAUGUUCUUAGCUUCCUGGAGCACUGGAAGAGCAUAAAAAACAGAAAGCUUGCCGGCGAGAGGAAAAGCUAUGCCGAGGUGCUGGACCUGUUUGAAAAGGCAUUCAACUGGGCCACAGACCCGCAGGAGAUUGCUGCCCUUAGAAAGCGCAUAGACGAAAAAGUGUCGGAAGAGACAAGCACACUGUAUGAAAAAAGAAGAAGCGCGGAGCAAAGCGACAGCGCAGACAAACAGCCUGGGCAGGACCCGCUGGACCUGCUUGUGAAAAAAGGCGGAGCCGAAAACAAGCGCGCAUGCGAGCUCACAAUUUCGGACUUCAAAGGGAUUGCAUUCCUUCUAAGCACUGUCUCGUUUCUGGUGUUUUCGCUGUGCUCUAUGGCUUCCAACCAUUUCUGCGGCGGAGGAGACGAGUACUUCCUGAAGAGCAGCGUGCCCCACAUGGUUUUGUCUGCGCUCAUGAGCAUGAAAGGCGUCUCCCAGAUGUACAGCGGGCACGUUUCGUUCAACAAAAAAAGAAGCAGCGUGUCUAUCCUGUACCUAGAAGACUUUUUAUAUCUGGUGGUGGGCUUUUCGCUGGUUUCGCUGCUCUUGCACUUUACUUGCACGCCAGGCCUGCAAAAGUACUACAUCUAUGUGAUUCAGCUGAUUCUGCUUGUUCUCAGCCUUGUAACAAAUAUGGCUGACCUUGUGAAGCAGGCCUACAAUCUUUUUAUGAAGAAAAUAGACCCUCUAAAAGGCACCGAGCUGUUUAUUCUGUCCUUGCUUGAAGUGGCCUAUUUGGCAUUUGUGUAUUUCUGCCAACUGCCUUCCCCCCAGAUAUGCGACAACCCGCUCCUCAACCGGAUAUCCGGGUUCUAA